UCCAAUACCAGGAUUACCAUCCUAUAAAAUAACUCAGGUUAGUAGUCAACCAAUAACCAGAAAGCUGAACUACUAACUCACUACAGACAAACAGAAUGCUACAGCAAAUCUUCAUAACUCUUCUGCUCAUAUUUCACCUGGCAUCUUCCACUCAUGAGAAAUCAACAGACAAGAAUGUAGAAGAGGUCAAAGAUGAGUUUAAUGGACAUUUCUCAGACCCUUCAGCCAAAGCAGCCAUGAUAAAGCACAUUGGAGACAUGGCAUUCAUCGAAGUUCCUCACGGCAAGAAUCAGUCCACAGAUCAGACAAGAACUAGGAGAAAUGCGAUACGUUAUUCCAGCGCUCUAUGGCCGAAUGCACAAGUACCAUACACCAUUUCUCCUGACUUUAGUGAAAAUGAUAGGGAAGUAAUCCUGCAGGCAAUGAGGCACUGGGAAGACAGAACUUGUCUUCGAUUUUUUCCUCGCACAACAGAACGCUACUUCAUCUAUAUCCUUUCAGGAGAUGGGUGCUAUUCUUAUGUUGGACGUCUGCAUCGCAAUUAUCAACCUCAAGGUGUCUCUCUGGGUCCGGGAUGUGUGUAUUUGAGAACAGCUAUUCAUGAGAUAGGACAUGCAAUAGGAUUUUAUCAUGAGCACACUCGGCAUGACCGCGACCAGUACGUAAACGUAAUCACAAAUAACAUCCGUAAUGGACAAGCAGGCAAUUUUGUGAAAGCUAGACCUGGUCAAACACUUACAUUAGGUUAUGGCUAUGACUAUGCCAGCAUUAUGCACUACACUGGUACUUCGUUUGCAAAGUCCCGUAGCAAUCCGACUAUUGUAGCGAAAGACGAAGGAAUUGUGUUCGGCUCUGCACAAGAACUAAGCCCUUUGGAUAUCCUUAAAGCAAAUGCCCUUUAUCGAUGUGGUUCUACAAGGCCCCCGAUUAGCACCUACCCACAAAGUACUAAAGCCCUGACCCUUCCGGACGGAAUCACAUGCGGUGGAGUCAUGGAAAGUAAAAGUGGAACAUUCUACUCGCCGAGUUAUCCCAACCAUAUUGUGAAUCAGAGGUGUGCAUGGGUGAUUCGGGUGCCUGAAGGAUACAGAGUUCGCCUGAGUUUUCCAGGACUCCGCCUAGAGCAGAGUGCUGGGUGCAUUAAAGACUAUGUCCAAGUAUUUACUGGACGAUCUAUAAACCCUGAGGAUGGUGAAUAUCUUUCAAGAAAUGCUAGAGAUGGCAAAUUUUGCAGCUCUAGCCAGAUAUACACCUCAAACUAUGUGUAUGACAAUACAGCAACUGUCUACUACCACACUGAUAGUAGCAACACAGGACCUGGUACACCGCGGGGACUUCAGGUGGACUUCUCAACAAUUGACAUCAAUGAGUGUGGUGGCCAAUCAAACAGAUGUCACACAUGCACAAAUCUUGACGGAUUGUACCGCUGUGAAUGUAAAAAUGGAUACUAUCACUCUCCAGCAGCAAGUACUUGCUUUGAUUUCAAUGAGUGUGCAUACGAUAAUGGAGGAUGUGAUCAUAUUUGUGACAACACUGGAGGCUCUUAUAUAUGCAAAUGUAAUCCUGGCUACUACCUACAAGCAGAUGGUCUGAGCUGCACAACAACACCACCUACUGCCCCACCAACUGUUGCUCCCCCUACUACUCCAACUACUGUCCCUCCACCCACAACCAGAACGACCACAAUUUCCACGACAACACCGACCACACAGCCCCCCACACCUGCUAGUAUAUGUGGGCCAAGUCUUUUCACAGGUGCCUCUGGAAGCUUCCAAACACCUGCCUGGCCCACGACCUACCCCUUAAAUUUUAACUGUGAAUGGAACAUCCAAGUUCCUUCUCCAGGAUGCAAUGUUCGCCUCACAUUUGAUGAUUUAGCUUUUGGGAUAGCUGGAAAAACAACUGAAAACUGUCCCAAAGAUUAUUUGAAGAUCCAUGAUACUACCGGCUUAAUUCACACCAUUUGUGAUCUUGGUAGACCUUCUCUCAUCACUGCAAUUGGCAAUACCAGACUAUACUUCUUUGCUGGACCAUAUCAUGGACCAAAACGUACGGGAUUCAGGAUUGAGUACACGAUAGUCUGUCCAACCACUCCCCUACCUACCACCAGGCCAACUACAGUAGCCACGACAUCACCAGACCCAACCACUCCCCUACCCACCACCAGGCCAACUACUAGACCCCCUACACCUCCAACCACCAUUGCCCCAACUACACUACCACCACCCACUCCAAAUUGCCCUGUUUUACUAUCCAACCCUCAAGGAAACUUUGCUUGCGGUGGAUUCAUGCCGAUGGGUCAACGUUUCGGACCUGCUAAUCUUCCCUCAGGCCCUAUCACUGGUACAAUUUCAUGCACUUGGAUUACCUUCGGUUCUGCCCAAGUUCGUUUCAAGUAUUUUGAUAUUCCCAACAGUGAGCAAUGCUCGUUUAAUUCUGUUGCGGUGUACGAUGGAUUUGGAAGUGAGGGUCAAUUGAUUGAGAAGAUGUGUGGAGAGAAGUGUACCGAUCACAUAGUCCCAGGGAUAGGAAGUAUCUUGACUGUGAUUCUGGAGGUGUCUUCCCCAGGAUCAUUCAGAGGAUUUUAUGCACAAUUUGAAAAGCUAGUGGACUAAAAGUCUGUAUUCUGUCAUUGCAAUAUUCACAUUAAUUUUUUGUUGAUCAAACAAUUAUUAUUAUUACUGAAA